AUGGCGGAUGAGGAUUUCAUGUCCUAUGAGGUCAGGCAUUGGGAACUUCUCCAUGCGCAGGAGCCCCAGCUCCGUGCACGGGAGUUGAGGGACAUGGCCAAGCUGGAGUAUCGCCAGCGGGAAGUGGAAGAGACGAACAAGCGCCUUGAGGCUAUGUUCCUGGACAUGAUGCAGAAGGAGGAGCAGCGGCAGAGAGAAGUCCAGGAGUGGAACAGCAAGCUGGAGGCGCAAGCCCUCGAGGCAAUGGAGAGGGAGGAGGAGCAGCAGCGAGAGUAUGAAGAAUUCCUGGAGAUCAGCCGGCUGCAGAUCGAGAAUGAUUGCAUGAAGAAGCUGAGAAAAGAGGAGUUGAAGCGAAUGCAGAAGGAGGAGAAGAUGAUGCGGAAAUACAUGCAGAGUGUGAUGCAAACUGAGGAGUUCGAGCUGAGCCGCAUGGAGGAGGAGGAAGAACGCACGCGCCAAAUUGAAGAGCUGGCGCUGCAGCUUGAGAGCCAGAAUUUGGAAGACAUGCGCUGGGAAGAUCAACGGCAGAAGGAGGUCUUGGGCUACCUGGAAGAGCUGGAGGAUCAAGAGCGCCAUCGAAUGUCUGCUGAAGAAGAGAGGAUGCGAAGCUGGAGGAAGAAGAUGGAUUCGAGGCUCGAGUUGGUGCUAGACCGAGCAGGUGAGCGUCAGGCAAAGUUUUUCCCAUGGCCGCCUGCCUUCAUGGAGCGGACCCGCAUGGCUCGGGAGGAUGAGCUUGCCAAGGAGGAGCAUGCUCGGAACCGGAUCAGGCUGGAGCUUGAGGAAGAGGAUCGAAAAAGGCGUCAAGCACAAAGAGAGCUCGAGGAGCAGCAGGCCUGGGCGGAGCAAGCCUUCGCAGCCUCGUCCUGGGGCACUAAGCGCUCAGCAUCCCAGGAGUUGGAAAGACAGGCGCAGGCGCAGGCGGAGCAGGCGGCGCAGGAGGAAAAAGAGCGAGCCGAAGCCGAAGCGGCUGCGGCAGCCGCGGCAGCUGCAGAAGUCUCGGAAGAGGAGCCUCGUGGCAGCUGA